CUCGGUGUCUCGGAGGAAGAAGGGGAUGGUGCUUGGCGCGGGCCGCGCAGGCGCACGGUGGCAGCUGAAAUGGCGCUGCCUUGCACCCUGAACAGGUAUCUUCUGCUCAUGGCGCAAGAGCACCUGGAGUUCCGCCUGCCGGAAAUAAAGUCUUUGCUUUCACUUUUUGGCGGUCAGUUCUCCAGCAGUCAGGAAACUUAUGGAAAGUCUCCAUUUUGGAUCCUUAGCAUCCCUUCUGAGGAUAUUGCGAGAAACUUAAUGAAACGGACAGUGUGUGCCAAGUCUAUAUUUGAACUGUGGGGUCAUGGAAAAUCUCCCGAAGAGCUGUACAGUUCUCUUAAAAAUUAUCCUGUGGAGAAGAUGAUUCCAUUUCUGCAUUCUGAUUCUACAUAUAAAAUAAAGAUUCACACAUUUAAUAAAACAUUGACACAGGAAGAAAAAGUCAAACGAAUAGAUGCACUCGAAUUUCUGCCAUUUGAAGGAAAAGUGAAUUUGAAGAAGCCACAGCACGUAUUUUCUAUUUUGGAGGAUUAUGGCUUGGACCCAAACUGUAUCCCUGAGAAUCCACAUAAUAUUUAUUUUGGUAGAUGGAUUGCAGAUGGACAGAGAGAGCUUAUUGAGUCAUAUAGUGUCAAAAAGAGACACUUCAUUGGAAAUACAAGCAUGGAUGCUGGGUUAUCAUUCAUCAUGGCUAACCAUGGAAAAGUGAAAGAAAAUGAUAUUGUCUUUGAUCCAUUUGUUGGAACAGGUGGCCUCCUGAUAGCAUCUGCUCAUUUUGGUGCAUAUGUGUGUGGGACAGACAUAGACUACAACACAGUUCAUGGCUUGGGAAAGGCUAGUAGGAAAAACCAGAAAUGGAGAGGACCAGAUGAAAACAUUAGAGCAAAUCUUCGUCAGUAUGGUUUAGAGAAAUUUUACCUUGAUGUCCUGGUUUCAGAUGCAUCUAAACCUUCCUGGAGAAAGGGCACAUAUUUUGAUGCAAUCAUCACUGAUCCUCCAUAUGGUAUCAGAGAAUCUACCAGAAGAACAGGUUCACAAAAGGAAAUACCAAAGGGAAUAGAAAAGUGUCCAGAAAGCCACGUUCCUGUUUCCUUGAGUUAUCAUCUGAGUGAUAUGUUUUUCGACCUGUUAAACUUUGCAGCUGAGACCCUUGUAUUAGGUGGAAGACUAGUCUAUUGGUUACCAGUGUAUACACCAGAAUACACAGAAGAGAUGGUACCCUGGCACCCCUGCCUGACACUCAUUAGCAACUGUGAACAGAAGCUUUCCAGUCACACGUCAAGGCGCUUGAUCACAAUGGAGAAGGUGAAGGAAUUUGAGAACCGGGACCAGUAUUCACAACUGCGAAGUGAUCAUUUUCUGCCGUACCAAGGCCAUAAUUCCUUCCGUGAGAAAUAUUUCAGUGGAGUGACAAAAAGGAUUGCCAAGGAAGAAAAACCCAGCCAGGAGUGAACAUUAAGAUUUUGAAAGACAUCUGGAUGUGAACUUUCAUGUGGGAUCCAGAAAACCUGUACUAUUUUAAAACUUUAUGGUGUACAUAUAAAUGCUACAAAGUAAGCAAGUCCUUGGAAAUUGUUGUUUUAGAGGCUAUUUUGUUGUAUGCAAUGUAAUAUCUUUUGAACUUUAAUUUAUAUUUAUACUUUUAAGUAUUAAUGGAGUUGUAUUCAAAAUUGUUAUAUUUUUUACAAUUUAUAGAGGGAACUAAUAUUGACUUUUUACACAUAUCAACCAGAUGUCAAGGCACGUAGUAAUGGUUAAGAAUUUAUUCAGGGGCCGGCACUGAGGCAUAGUGAAUAAAGCCGCCACCUGCAGCGCCGGCAUCCCAUAUGGACACUGGUUUGAGUCCCAGUGGCUCUAUUUCUAUCCGCCCUCUGUUAUGGCCUGGUAAUGCAGUAGAAGAUGAUCCAUGUCCUUGGGUCCCUGCAUCCACAUGGGAGACCUGGAGUGAAUCAGUGCAUGGAAGAACGCCCCUCCCCCCCCCCCGCCACCUCUCUGAAACUCUUUCAAA